AUGAGGUUUGAGGUAAAUGAUGGAAAAACUGCAUUUUUCUGGUUUGAUGAUUGGCUGCGUAUGGGAAGACUUAUAGACAUCACGGGUAACGUCGGAACUUGUUAUCUGGGUAUAGCUCGCAAUGCUCGGGUCAGUGAUGCAGCUAGACAAUCAGAAUGGAGGGUUAGGGGACAGAGAAGCCGACACUAUCAUGAGCUUCAUGCCCGUAUACAGGCUGAGCCGGUACCAGAUGAAGAACGAGGGGGAGAUGUAGUGCUAUGGAAGCAUUCAGAUGACAACUAUAAGACAUGUUUUUCAUCAGCUAAAACAUGGGAUCAAAUUAGAGACCGAAGGCCUGUAGUAUUCUGGAGUAAGAGUGUUUGGUUCACACAAGGAGUGCCAAGGUUCUCCUUCAUUGUUUGGUUGGCUGUGAAAAACAGAUUAUCUACUGGUGACAGGAUGAGAGCUUGGGGGAUUCAGCAGGGACAUCAGACUGGCUAUCAUACAGUGCAGCAAGUGGUUCGAAUCGUCGACAAGGCAGUGAGGAAUAGAAUCACAUCCCUUCGGUAUAAGUCUGAGCAUAAGUUGGCUGGACUGAUGCAGAGAUGGUUUGCGGUCAUAGGGUAA